AUGCCUCUCUCCCUCUCAAACCCCUUCAAAUCAUCCAAAUCGCAACGCCAGACGACAGAGAAAGCCCAGAAGACUGUCAAGGAUGAGUCGUCAUCUGUCUACAGCGAUGCUGCCACGCUGGUAGCGGGCAAAGAACAAUCACCAAAGUCGGCGCCAGACUUUCAAAACCAUCGGGGCCUCGACUUUAGUUCUACGCGAUAUACCCCGAUGGGAAUGUGCCCUCGUUCCUAA